UGUUGUCUGGAUUAAAUUUUUUAGUGCCUGCCCUUGCUUCGUAGAAAUUUUUCUGCUCAAAUAAAGCUGGACAAAGUAAGCACGUCUCUAUCAUAGGAAGCUCUCGUGGCUAACUAAAAGUUAGGUAGAUGAUCGGAAUCGGCCGCCGGAACUUCGGCGGUAGCGCCACUGGCGUAAUUGAACCGCCAGAUUUCAUGUCUUCCCCCGUCAUGUUGACAGCUCCGACGACUUCCGAUCCAGGAAUUCCUCUUCUCAACCUCUCGCUUCUGGGCAAGAAAAUGGAUUCCCUCCGCUUCUUUCUUUCCGAUUCCAUCGAUCGCCGCGUUUCAAUAAGCGGCGACCAGCUCCAGUUCGUCUCCAACGAGAUAGCCUCAGUCGUUCACCAGGUCAUCAUCAAUGGCUCCGCCCUCCUUCUCGCUUCCACCCGACAUUCAGAUGGCGUCAAACCCUUACAACUGCCGUCUAAGGUUGAUGCGGAUCCCUCAGAUAAUACCGCUCAGUUGCCUCCUCCUCCUCUUCGGUCAUCGGCGGUGGCCGAAUCAGACGGACAAAUUGUGGAGAUUGAUGCGGCGGAGUUAAUGGCGGAGCACGUCCACUUUUGUGAGAUCUGCGGAAAGGGUUUCCGGCGCGAUGCCAACCUCCGAAUGCACAUGCGCGCUCACGGAGAUCGCUUCAAAACCCUUGAGUCCCUAACGAAGCCGGACGGUCGGAUUUCUUCUGAGGCGAUUUGUCCGGGAAGGAAGGUACGGUUCUCGUGCCCUUUUCUUGGCUGCCGUAGGAACCAGAGUCACCCACGUUUCCGGCCACUGAAGACGACGGUAUGCGUUCGGAACCACUUUCGGCGGAGCCACUGUCCGAAGUUGUACACAUGCGAUUUAUGCAACAAGAAGAGUUUCUCGGUGGUGGCGGAUUUGAAAAGCCACAGGAAGAGCUGCGGGGAGUCGCAAUGGAGGUGCACAUGCGGCACAAGCUUUUCUAGGAAGGAUAAGCUGUUUGGCCAUGUUACCUUGUUUGACGGCCACUUUCCUGUAGUUGGAGCUGUGGAGGAGGAGAAGGGAGAAAGCAUGGUGAAAGGUGGUGAAAUAAAAGACGAGAGAGGGGGACAAGCUGGGGGAAGUGUAGAUGAAGAAUUUUUUAGUGGGCUGAUGGAGGAGAUUGGGGUAAUGGGUGGCGGGUGGAUGAGACCUUAGGAUCUAUGGAUUGGUCAUUUUGGCUUUCCUACCUAGAGUGGCACACAGGUGCGCAAUCCAUCACUUUUUUUCAUCAGAUAUUGCAUCGAUUUUUCCGUCUGUUAUGAGUGCAGAUGAGCAUUACAAGAGGAGGAGAUUUCGUAAAAAUAAUCUCAAAUAGUUGGAUAAGUUUAUUUAUGAUGAUGACAUGAUCAAUAUGUAGGCGGAUGAUUAUAUACUUGGAAUAUGUUGUAAAUGUUUAUGAUACCUAGUGUAUCUUUAUGUUUAUUUAAUGAUCUAGUCUAUUUUAUCAUGGGAAGAUUGUGCGCUGUUUUUUGUAAUCAUGCUGAGAAAAUUGAGCAUAGGGAUUGAACAAUUGGAUGGCAUUUUAUAUGCUUAUAGCAUUGAAGUGUUUGUCAGUUUGUUUGUUUGAAAAUUUUUAGGGGCAUUUCCAUACAUACCACCUAAAUGCUCUGAAUUUACAUAUCCAACACCUAAAUUUUACUAUUUUACAUUUAUAACACCCAAAUUCUUCAUAUCAUAUA